GAGUGACUCAGAACAUCAGUAGCAGCAGUAGAAACUAGAAAGAAGACAUUUUUAUGCAUCAUCUUCAAAAGACUAACAAAAAAAAACUAGAAGCAACAAUGGAUGCAGAUUUAUGGGCAUCAAGAAUUAAUUCUUCUAAGAAUCCCUCUGCUCAUAUCAGCUCAGGAAAUCGAUUAGUGUUGGAUGAUUCCGAAGUAAAGGAUGAUGCAAGGACUUACUUCACUUGUCCAUUUUGCUAUGUUGAUAUCGAACUCGCUACUCUUUGUGAUCACCUACAAGCAGAACACUGCUUUGAUGUCAAGAACGCGGUUUGUCCUGUGUGUGCACUAAAUUUGGGCAAAGAUGUUGUUGGUCAUUUUAAGACGCAUCAUAUGAAUUCAAUCAAGACUAGGAGAAGGUCUCAGAAGUCAGGAUUCUGGAACUUUUAUGCUGGUAGAAUGAUUGGUGGCAUGACUGCUAAAGGUGGCUCAGAAAAUGUGAAUGCUUUAGCUCCUGAUCCACUUCUCUCUCCAUUUUUGUGUAGCAUACCAUGCUCCGAUAGUAGGGAUGAUCAAUCUCAAGAUAUGUGUUCCAUUGAUGAUACCUCGUCCAUCCCAAAGACAUCAAGCUCAAAACCAUCGAUGUUGAAUCAUAGUCAAGAGAAGGAAGACUCGGAAGAGUUGAGGCAGAGAACUGAGUUCUGUCAGCAGUUACUUUAUUCAACCAUAUUCUAAAAUCCCUCCCUUAAAUUUUACACUAAUACUAGAGAAGUGCUUCCCAUCAAGUUAUGGUAAGAGAUGGUAGUACAAGUUUUAGAUGGUAGUACAAGUUUUCGGUCGUGCAACUACACAUUCCUGCAUAUUCAAUCUCAUGAUCUAGAUUUUCCACAGAAGCUAAUAUUAUGAAUUCUAUUGAUCUAUUAAAGGUAAUGUAUAGGAUAGGUAUCGAAAAUUAUCCGAGUAUCAGUUAUUUUAGUGUAGCAAAGAUGAGCUUCAUUUGCACCUAUGUAAGAUAAUAUUAGUAUCCUCUUGCAUGCUAUAUAGUAUUACUUUAUAUUUCCUCUUGAAAA